AUGCACAACCACAGCUGGCGCAACCAGCAUUGCGAUGCUCAUGGCAUCUGCUGGAAGUGUCUGAACCGCUAUGUGGAGAUGCAGAUUCUGGAGGAGGGCCGGUUCAACCUCAAGUGCCCCGGAAUCGGUUGCAGCUACCGCCUCCUUCCCCUCGACGUGGAGAGGGCCUUGGAGGCAUCAGAGCCGGAGCACCGGCAAGCGGCACUAGAGCGCUACGGCAGCAUGCGCAGCGCGAGCCAUGGGCAGAGGCUUCGGGAAGUCGUCCUUGGAAUAGCCGGGCCUUCCGAACGCUGGCUGAUGGAGGAGUGCCAGGCAUGUCCUCAGUGCCUCUCAUUGGUUCGGCGUGAAGAUGGCUGCCUUCACGUCUUCUGCCGCUGCGGCUGCGACUUCUGCGCGGGUUGCGGCAGCCCCAGAGAUUGCUUGUGCGAUCAGCUGGAUAAGGACCGCGAUAUCGUCUUUGCGGCAUGGCUCCGGAUUUCCCCGGACUCGCCAGUAGCAUGGCUCAGGGACAGUGACAGGCGAUGCGACAGACCGGAGGAGCAUCUGCUGACCACUUUGGGUUUCUUCCUGUGGAUGGCCUAUUUGCCGGUAGAUCUACCCUGGACACGCACCCCGGAAGAGCCAGAGCAUUCACUCCCACCACUGCGCUGGCGAUCCGAGCAAUGGGAGUACUCCUCGAGUUUCGACGAAGAGGCAGACUUAGAAGUUCCCCUGGUUUUCCGCUACCCACUAAGCUCUUGGUGGAAUUUGGCUGACGGCGACGAGGAAGAGAACCGCUUCCAAGACUACCGGCGUGUGCCCCGUCGGCCUUGGCGUCUCUUCGCCACUCAACGCGACUCUCGCCGCCAGGACCGACACCACUACCUGCCAUUACGCUGGAAAGAUGUCCGGCCCUGGACCGGGGAUGAUGCAGCCGCACCCCUGCGUCGCCGAAGGCAGCCGCGAGUCGUGGCGACGGUCGCGCGCUCUGCGGAACAUGCCGCGGCUGCUGCCCGCAAGGUGCAGGAGCAGCGCAAGCGGCGGCAGCAAAUGCGCAGACGCUUCAGGGAAGAGUUGGUGCAUCUCGACUGA